UUUCCAGUCCAUGGUACUCAGCACUCGGUACCGCACAAGCUAACCGACUCGACGCGUAAUACCAGUUAACAAAAUUUAAUCAAGAGUGUUCGUGAGAUUGUGUAAUUUUAUCGGAAAAAUUUCCCGAAAAAUCAGACCAGACGACACGUUGUUUUUUUUUUCUCGGGAAGAAAAGAAUAAGAGAGAAAGUGAACAAACGUGGUGGUACACUAGCACCAUUUUUUGUGUCUCAAUUUCCCAUCUACUCCCAAUUAGUCGACGUCCUCCUCCACGAUGAAGACUGAACUCCUUCACUCGUACAGUUCCACGAGUUUGUCCGCCCUGUCGCGAUCUCCAUCCAGCCCUUCAUUCCUAGGCAGACUUAGUCCUCCCACCAAGGGAGACCUUACAGGGAGUGGAAGUGGUGGUAAGGAGAAUGGCGAGAAGAACGGUAGCUACACGACGUUAGAGGACUAUGCCGUCACACCAGAACCGUUCGUCGGCGAGGAGGAAGGCUGUUGCUCAAGCUGGCUAAAGAAUACUUUCACGAAGAAAAAUAUUACGAAAAAGUUUCCCGUCCUUUCAUGGCUUCCGACGUACAACGUUUCAAAACUCGUGUCCGAUUUCAUCGCGGGGUUGACGGUGGGACUAACGCUGAUUCCACAGGGGCUCGCGAUGGCGUCAGUGGCAGGAUUGCCUCCGCAGUACGGACUUUAUUCCGGUUUUAUUGGAUGCUUCGUCUACAUCUUGUUCGGAAGUACGGAGUCCAUUACCAUCGGACCGACAGCUAUCAUGGCGAUUAUUACGUUAUCAUAUGCACAAAAUAAGCCUCCAGAGUAUGCCAUUCUUCUUUGUUUUAUUACCGGCGUGAUGACACUUCUCAUGGGAUUGUUGCAAUUGGGGUUCAUAGUGAACUUCAUCUCAACUCCCGUGACUUCCGCCUUCACAUCCGCAGCUGCCAUUACGAUCUGUUUCACCCAGGUGAAAGCCCUCCUCGGCCUGAAAUUCCCAGCUGAAGGGUUUCUAGACGUGACGAAAGGGGUCAUCAAGAACAUUGGCGAUGUCCAAGUUAACGACUUGAUGGUUUCAUUAGUCUGCACGAUUGUCCUGCUCGUUUUGAGGAAAUUACAAUCUAUCUGUAAAUGUGCGGCCCAGUGUUCCAGCGCGUUUGAUAAGUUCUUAUGGGUGGUUGCUACCUCCAGGAGUGUGAUUGUCAUUGUGGUUUGCACUGGGAUUUUUGCAUGGGUUGGUGACGAAGGAAUCGUUGCCUUUGUUGGCAAUGUUGAAGGAGGUCUUCCCCCGUUACAGUUGCCCCCAUUCUCCUUUUCCGGAAAUGGGACCACUCCCGUCACUGAAAUUAGCCCGGAAUGGGAGACUUUCACUUUCAUGGAUCUUCUUAAACAGGAUAGUUCUGCAAUCAUUGUGUUGCCACUGUUGGCUUUGAUGGAGCAUGUCACCAUUGCCAGGUUGUAUGCUGGAUCGGGACGAGUUGAUGCUUCCCAAGAAAUGAUCUCGAUCGGAAUAUCAAACAUUUUGGGAAGUUUCUUGAGCAAUAUGCCAAUCACGGGGUCGUUCUCAAGAACAGUGGUCAACAAGGCGAGCGGUGUGGCGACUCCGAUGGGUGGACUUAUAACUGGCGUCUUGGUCAUGGUCGCAUUGCAAUUUCUCACUCCAUGGUUCUACUUUAUCCCUAAAGCUGCCCUCGCUGCAGUCAUUUGUUGCGCAGUUAUUUUUACCAUCGAUUUAGAAAUCUUGUACCCAAUGUGGAAGAGCAAAAAAAUGGACCUUCUUCCUUGGUUUGCCACCUUUGCCGUCAGCCUCCUGGUCGGAUUACAAUUUGGCGUCUUGGUGGGAUUCAUCAUCAGUGUUAUUUUCCUCCUCUAUUGGGCAGCCCGACCUGGAAUCCGAGUCAAGAGGGGUCAGACAUCCUCCGGAAUCGAGUUCAUCUUACUGGACCUUGAUCGCUCACUCACCUUCCCCUCCAUGGAUUACACGAGGUACAUCAUGAUGAAGUCUGGCACGGUUUGGGCGAAGGGAAGCAUUCCGCUGGUUAUUGAUUGCCAACAUAUUCAAUUCGCUGAUUACACUGCGGCUCAGGGUGUGCGUGACCUGUUCAAAAUAUUUAAUGACAAGAAACAUGAACUCAUCCUGUACCAGGUGAAACCAUCCGUGGUUCGGAUAUUCACCAGUGUUCUGGAACUCAACAAAAUUCCGUACAAAUGUUGCUCAAACGAUCAGCAGCUUGAAGCAGCACUUGAGUCUUACAUGAGAGCAAAAGAAGAUAAAAACGACGUAAAAAUUGUAUUCUCAAUCGCUGAUGAUGACAACUCAUCGAUAUCCGACGAGAGUGAGGAGCAGAAUAAUAAAGAGGGGCAAGAUGAGAAUUUGCCACCACCACCCCCACCGUCAGGUCAAGGGCAAGGUCAUGUCAAUGGGGCGGCGGUGUUUGACUUGAGCAGAGAGUGAGAUCAAAGGUCAUCCAAGGAGAAUAAAUAAGGAUUUACCUUUACACUUAGUACCGAAUGAAAUUAUGUACAUACAUGAGAAACGAGACGAAACGGGUGUCGAAUACUUUUUUUUAGAGCGCUGCGCAUUUUUUGACCUUAUAUUGUUACACAAAGUAUUACUUUUAUACGCCACAAAUUCAAGUACCCAUUUACAUACCACUUACUGUAAAUAUGUGACUGUUACUCCUUCAUUUUACUUACAAAUUAUGUAUAUAACUUGCAACUUUACAAACUUUACAUGUGUUCUUGCCCCCCUUGUUCAGUGUUGUUACAUAUAUUCAUACUUAAUUUAUACUUGUGAUAGUGGUGUGAUAAUGCAAUUUAUGGUUAUCACACCCUUGUUUGUUACGAAUGUCAUUUGUGCCAAUCUUUUGAAUAAAUGAUGUCCGUUAUUAUGAUUCUA